AUGAUUGAGCAAUCGUUAGUUGAUGAAUUUGGCGCGGAUGGGCCAGCGGAAUCCUUGUGCAUCCAAUGGACAGGAGGCGUAAAGAAGCAGAUCGCAGAUACAAAUCGAGUACAGCUCCAAAUAUCAGCAGUGGGUAGCAGCCAACGUUUCAAACUUAACGAAGUGUACACUGUGAAAAACUUGGGACUACCGGAGCAGUCGUUAGAUUUCAGCGAGAUGUCAGCGCGGUUCAAGCACUUGAGUGGCUUGCCUGUUACGAGUUUUAACGCCGCCGUGCCAGGCCUGCUGAUAGGUUUAUCAAACACACACUUGUUGGCUACGCUGAAACUGCGGGAAGGUCGACCGCAGGAGCCGAUAGCGGCGAAAACCCGAAUCGGCUGGUCUAUCUACGGAUGUCAACGUGAUAAAGUUGACGUUAUGCACCACCGACAGCAGCACAUCUGUGUUAAGCCAACGAAUGAAGAUUUGCAUGAUUAUGUGCAGAGUUUCUUUUCCGUAGAAAGCCUUGGCGUGGCGUUGGUACCCCAAGUCGAGGGAGUGGACGAGCAGCGAGCCCGCAGAAUUCUGGAAGAAACCACGGAGCGAACGAGUAGCGGCAGAUUCCAGACAGGACUCCUAUGGAAGCACGAUGGAUUGGAAUUUCCGGACAGUCGGCCGUUAGCAGAAAAGCGACUAAGAUGUUUGGAGAGACGACUGUCGAAGGACCCUGCACUCUACACGAACGUCCGCCAACAAAUGUCGGUCUACCAGGAGAAGGGCUACGCCCACAAGACAACCGUCGAAGAGCUGCGCCGUCUUGAUCCAAGUCGAACAUGGUACCUUCCCCUUGGUAUAGUCCUCAAUCCCAGGAAACCAGGUAAGGUAAGGGUAAUCUGGGACGCCGCGGCAAAGGUCCAAGGUGUUUCAUUAAACUCCAUGCUGUUAAAGGGUCCGGACCAAUUGACCUCGCUUCUUUCCGUGCUUUUUCAAUAUCGUGAACGAGAGGUGGCCAUAUCUGGAGACAUUGAAGAAAUGUUUCACCAGCUCCUCAUUCGAGAGGAAGACCGGUGCGCGCUACUGUUUCUGUGGAGAGAUUCCCCGGAAAUGCCAAUCGAAGUCAUGGUGAUGAAUGUUGCAGUCUUUGGUGCGUCAUGUUCUCCAGCUCAAUCUCUUUUUGUGAUGAAUUUGAACGCUACGGAACACGAAACAGAACAUCCACGGGCAGCGGCAGCAAUCAAACACCGGCACUAUGUGGACGACUAUCUGGACAGCGUUGAUACCGAGGAGGAGGCUGUCGAAUUAGCUUUGGAGGUAGCGGAAGUCCACUCGAAGGCCGGAUUCAACAUCAGAAAUUGGCUGUCGAACAAGAAAGUAGUGCUGGACCAGAUAGGUGGAGUGAACCCCGGAUCCGUUAAGUGUUUCGCUGCAGACAAGGAAACGGGCACGGAACGACUACUUGGGAUGAUUUGGAGACCAGAGGAAGACGUGUUUUCGUUUUCAUUAAGCUUUCGCGAAGAUUUGCAACAGCUAGUGGCAGGAGAAGUAGCUCCGACCAAAAGGGACAUGCUAAGAGUUACGAUGAGCAUCUAUGAUCCUCUGGGUCUCGUGGCAGCCUUCGUUAUCCAUGGGAAGGUACUUGUCCAGGACGUCUGGAGGACCAAAAUCGAUUGGGACGAGAAGGUUCCCUGGGAAAUUUUCUUACGCUGGAAACAGUGGCUUGCUGUACUCCGCACGAUGAAUACAGUUAAAGUUCCUCGCUGUUAUUUCCCAGGAUACAGCACCGAUUGCUACAACUCCCUAGACUUGCACGUCUUCGUGGAUGCUAGCGAGGAAGCCUACGCUGCAGUAGCGUAUUUUUGCGUCAUCGACAACGGUUGUGUUCGGUGCUCCUUGGUAUCUUCGAAGACAAAAGUAGCUCCACUUCAUCCUCUUUCCAUCCCACGCCUUGAACUGUCCGCUGCAGUAAUUGGCGCACGUUUACGGAAGACGAUUGAAGAGAAACAUUCUCUGAAAAUACGUCGCACAGUUUUCUGGAGCGAUUCGUCAACGGUUAUCGCUUGGAUUAGGUCCGAUGCGCGUCGUUAUCGACAGUUCGUAGCAUUUCGGGUCAACGAAAUACUCAGUCUAUCGUCGGUUCAAGAGUGGCGCUGGGUGCCCACAAAACUGAACGUGGCCGAUGAAGCCACAAAGUGGGGUAAAGGCCCUUCCUUUGAUCCGGACAGCCGAUGGUAUCACGGGCCGAAUUUCCUGUACGACAACGAACUGGAAUGGCCGAAAGACUGUCGAUCCGAUACCAACACUACAGUGGAAGAACUUCGGCCAGCCUAUGUCUGCAAACAUCUUGUCAUCGAACCAGUGGUGAUGUUAGACCGUUUCUCUCGCUGGGAGCGACUACUGCGAAGUAUGGCGUACGUUGUGCGAUUCAUCGACAACAGUAUGUUGAAGCACAGAAAGCAACCUCUACAUCUAGGUGCGCUGACUAGGGAUGAACUCCAGAAGGCGGAAAGGUGCUUGUGGAGAAUGGCACAGUGCGACGGGUUUCCGGAUGAAGUAGCGGUGUUCAAACACAAUCUCCAGUCAUCUCAACGGCGGAAUCUAGAACGAAACAGCCCACUAAUCAAACUCACGCCAGCGAUAGACGACUUCAACGUGCUACGAAUGGAUGGCCGCAUUCAGGAAGCUGACUUCGUUGAUUAUGACGCCAGAAAUCCAAUCAUCUUGCCAAGAGGACAUCGUGUGACUGAUCUGCUUCUGGACUGGUACCACCGAAGGUUCCAACACGCAAACGACGAAACGGUGGUGAACGAGGUCAGGCAGCGUUUCUACAUACCAAAACUGAGAGUACAGGUCCGUCUGACGAGGAAGCAGUGUAGAUGGUGUAGAGUUUAUAAAGCAGUCCCAGCCGUGCCUAGAAUGGGACCCCUUCCAAAAGCUAGACUGAUGCCAUUCUGUCGGCCAUUUACCAUGGUCGGAAUCGACUAUUUUGGACCUUAUUCCAUACGAUCACCGACAGGAAGAAGCACGCUCAAGCGAUGGGUGGUGUUAUUCACCUGCCUGACUGUAAGAGCAGUUCAUGUAGAGAUUGCAGCCAACCUAUCGACGGACUCCUGCAAGAAAGCGAUUCGCCGGUUCAUCGGGCGCAGAGGUGCCCCACGUGAGAUCUACACGGACAAUGGUACCAAUUUUGUCGGUGCGAGCAGAGAGUUGGCGGCAGAAAUACGGGCGAUCAAUGAGGAGAUCGGCAGCACUUUCACUGACACCCAGACACAAUGGCAGUUUAUCCCACCGUCGGCACCGCACAUGGGGGGAUGCUGGGAGAGGAUGGUACGGUCGGUCAAAGCCGCUUUAGGAGCCGUUCCAACCGUACGAGUCCUAGAUGAAGAGUCGUUUGCCACUGUACUCGUCGAAGCGGAGUCUAUGGUCAAUUCUAGACCUCUGACCUUCAUCCCGCUAGAAACAGCUGAUCACGAGUCAUUGACACCAAACCACUUCCUUCUCCUCAGCUCUACUGGUGUACGACAACCAAUCAAGAACCCCGUGGACGAAAAAGCUGCAAUCCGCAGUAGCUGGAACUUGAUCCAAAACACCCUGGACGCAUUUUGGCGGCGAUGGGUUGAUGAAUAUCUUCCGACCAUAACGAGAAGAACGAAAUGGUUCGAUAACGUCAAGCCUAUACAAGAGGGUGCGCUAGUAGUUGUGGUCGACGGGAAUGUUAGGAACCGGUGGCAAAGGGGGCGAGUGGUACGAACAUAUCCGGGUAGAGAUGGUACUGUACGAAGGGCAGAUGUGCAAACAUCCUGUGGCAGUCUGCGACGUCCAGUCAUUAAACUGGCUGUGCUUGAUGUGGAUGCGGAGUGUGACACCGAAGCUACAGUUCUGGUGACACGAGGGGGGGAAUGGUAG